CAAAUCGGUAAUGCUGGACCGCUGGUGACACGUAUACAGUUACUUGCAUUAUAAAAGCUUCGUGCUUCGCCUCUAUUCAUUGACAGUCACUUUCUCAAAUCCACGAACGCAUCGUUCAAUGCGCUUCACCUCUUUCGUGUCGCUGGCUUCUGCCAUCGCUCUUGCGUCCUUGGCAUCAGCUGAGGAUGCUGCUGAGCCUUCCGAUGUACUUAACCUUACAAAGGACAACUUUAGUUCCGCUGUCAACGCAGAACCUUUGAUUCUGGUCGAGUUCUUUGCUCCAUGGUGUGGUCACUGCAAAGCUCUUGCUCCCCACUACGAGGAGGCAGCCACUGCCCUCAAGGAGAAGGACAUCAAGAUUGCCAAAGUCGACUGUGUCGAACAGGCAGACCUCUGCCAGUCGCAUGGCGUCCAGGGUUACCCCACCCUGAAAGUCUUCCGCAACGGCGAACCCACUGACUAUUCUGGUCCCCGAAAGGCGGACGGCAUCAUUAGUUACAUGAUUAAACAGUCCCUUCCUGCCGUUUCUGACGUCACCGCCUCUAACCUCAACGAAUUCCAAAAUGCCGACAAGAUCGUCGUCCUCGCUUACGUCUCCUCGACUACAAAGGCUCCUGCACCCGAAUUCAGCGCAACAGCAGACAAGCACCGCGACGCGUACCUCUUUGGUAUUACCUCGGACGCUGCGGCUAUCUCAGCUGCGGGCGUUACUGCCCCUGCUAUUGUUGUCUACCGCAGCUUCGAUGAACAUGUCACUGAAUACCCAUACCCACCUUCUGCAGCUACCGUCACCGAGAUCGAAAACUGGGUCCAGGAGCUAUCUAUCCCCAUUCUCGGCGAGGUAAAUGGAGAGACCUACUCCAUGUACGCUUCCAGCGCCAAGCCUAUCGCCUACCUCUUCCUGGAUCCUACAGACGAGAAGAGCGACGAGGUCAUCGCUUCUUUGAAGCCUGUUGCUGCCAAGUACCGUGGCAAGGUCAACUUCGUUUGGAUCGAUGCGACCAAGUUUGGUGAUCACGCUAAGGCUUUGAACCUUGCUGAGCCCAAGUGGCCGAGCUUCGUCAUCCAGAGCUUAGAUGAUCAGCUCAAGUACCCUUACGAUCAGAGCAAGCCCGUUGAGGCCGAGGCUGUCUCCACUAUGGUUUCUGAAUAUCUCGCUGGCGAGCUUGCUCCUAAGCUCAAGAGCCAACCUAUCCCUGAGACUCAAGAUGAGAGCGUCUUUACGCUCGUCAGUGACCAAUUCGAUGAGGUUGUGUUCGAUGACUCCAAGGAUGUGUUUGUUGAAUUUUAUGCCACAUGGUGCGGUCACUGCAAGCGCUUGAAGCCCAUCUGGGAUUCUCUUGGUGAUCACUUCGCUGAUGUGAAGGAUCAGCUGGUCAUUGCAAAGCUAGAGGCUCAGGAGAAUGACCUCCCAGCUUCAGUACCAUUCCGCAUCAGCGGGUUCCCCACCCUGAAAUUCAAGCCUGCUGGAUCGCGGGAGUUCCUUGAGUACAACGGGGACCGGGAGUUGGAAUCUCUCAUUGCGUACGUGGAGGAGCAGGCUAAAAACAGCUUGAAACCUGCAGUCAAAGCUCCAGAAAACGAAUCGCAGACUACGUUCGAGGCACCGCGAGAGGCUCACGAUGAAUUGUAAUUUUGAUUAGUGAAGUUGCAUCUACUUAUAUAUUCUUUGCAUUCAU